CCUCGCGACACCUCUGCCGGUGAAACGAGCGUCGCCGCGAGUCGCACACGCAGCCGCGCGCGAGUCGACCGUCUUCGACGCUGGCGCGACACCGCCGAACACUACCUACACUUCCGCGUACAAACAUAAACCGCUUUCGCUCCGUAAACAGUUUUCGUGUGAACUAUUUGUGUUACGUUGGUCACAUCCUACCUGAGAGUGCGUGAGGAGUAUCGAUACUGAAACAAACAAUUGAGCUUGGACGCCAAAGUGAUGCUUUUUCGUAAUUAAGAGAUUCUAAAUAAACAAGAUGGCCGCUCCAGAUACUGUCGGGAGCCGAAUCUGGCUCCUACUGAUGCUGGUUCCGGCAUUACAGAUAAUUUUACCAGUCUUUUCAAAUCCAGAAGUGUACUAUGAGAAGCAGCGUUACGAUGGCUGGUUCAACAACAGAGCUUACCCAGACUGGGGAUCGGUCGGUAGUCGACUCACGCGCAAGACGCCAGCGUCGUACGCUGAUGGAGUUUACAUGAUGGCGGGUGUCGACCGGCCUGGAGCCAGGACCUUAUCCAAACUCUUCAUGAGAGGACAAGAUGGACUGCCUUCACUAGCGAACAGAACAGCCUUGCUGGCUUUUUUUGGUCAAGUUGUGACCGGCGAGAUCGUGAUGGCAUCUGAGUCCGGCUGUCCAAUCGAGCACCAUCGCAUACCCGUGGACAAAUGUGACCACAUGUAUGACCCUGAGUGCAACGGCGCCAAAUACAUGCCGUUCCUUAGAGCAGCCUACGACCGCACUACUGGCCAGAGUCCCAAUAGUCCGAGAGAACAGAUAAACCAAAUGACUGCGUGGAUCGACGGCAGCUUCGUGUACAGUACUAGCGAGGCGUGGGUGAAUGCAAUGAGGUCAUUUCAGAAUGGGAGCCUUGCUAGCGAAGGAGGGAUGCCCUUGCGCAACACCAAACGGGUACCACUCUUCAACAACCCUGUACCACACUAUAUGAGGAUGCUCAGUCCUGAAAGGCUUUUCUUAUUGGGAGACCCUCGUACAAACCAAAACCCAGCAAUGGUGACAUUUGGUAUGCUGCUGCUUCGAUGGCACAACGUGGUCGCCGCUCGCGUACACCGACAGCAUCCUGACUGGAGUGACGAGCAGCUGUUCCAGAGAGCUAGGAGGAUCGUCAUAGCCAGUUUACAGAACAUCAUCCUGAACGAAUACGUGCCAGCUUUCCUCGGGGUCCCCUUACCCCCAUACAAAGGGUACCGCGCAGACGUAGCUCCCGGGGUUACGCACUCCUUCGCGGUGGCAGCCUUUCGCUUCGGCCACACUCUCGUACCUCCCGCCAUAUUGCUGAGAGAUAGGAACUGCAAGUAUGGGAGAGCACCAGGGGGACACGAUGCCAUCAGGCUGUGUCAGACUUGGUGGGAUGGCAAUGAUGUAAUGUCUCAAGUACCAAUCGAAGAAGUCCUGUUGGGUAUGGCAUCACAAGUCUCCGAACGAGAAGACGCAUUACUCUGUUCAGAUGUACGAGACAACUUAUUUGGCCCCAUGGAGUUCUCACGAAGAGACCUUGGAGCGCUCAAUAUUAUGCGUGGACGUGAUAAUGGUUUACCUGAUUACAAUACUGCCAGAGAAUAUUUUGGACUAAAAAGGAUAAAGACAUUCAACGAAAUUAAUCCUGAUCUCUUUGAGAAGAACCCGGAUUUACUGCAAAAAUUGAUCCAAGCUUACAAUGGAAGACUUGACAAUAUUGAUGUCUAUAUUGGUGGUAUGUUAGAAUCUACGGGCCAUCCGGGAGACCUCUUCAGAGCUAUAAUCAUAGACCAGUUCACAAGAAUCAGAGAUGCUGAUAGGUUUUGGUUCGAAAAUGAACAGAACGGAAUCUUCACAAAAGAGGAGAUAGCAGAACUGCGCCAGAUCACGAUGUGGGACAUCAUCGUGAACAGCACAGCACUGGGCCCGCGCGACCUGCAGCGCGACGUGUUCCACUGGCGCGCCGGCGACCCCUGCCCGCAGCCCUACCAGCUCAACGCCUCCAAGCUGCCGCCAUGCAAGUACCUGAGAGGGUACGACUACUUCGAGGGCAACGAAUUCGCAUACAUCUACACCUGCCUCAUACUAGCAUUUGUUCCUAUACUCUGCGCUGGCGCAGGCUAUGGAGUUGUGAAGUUGCAAAACAGUCGCCGAAGGAAGCUGAAGAUACAACAAGAACAUUUGAAGAACGCUCAAUAUAAAGGUUCUGUAGAUAAGAUGGUAUGUCGUGAAUGGGUGCAUGCCUCUCACAAACGCCUUGUGAAAUUACGACUAGGCCCAGAACCAGCACUUCACGUAACUGACCGCAAAGGAGACAAGCUUCGAACUCUCCCACUGGACCAUACAGACCAGCUCACGGUUCUAGAAAGUCAGGAAAGCAGAACCAACAAACGUCCACUAGUCUUGAUCCGUGCGCCUCGGGAACACGAUUUGGUUCUAGAAAUGGACUCUGCAGCAUCAAGGCGAAAGUUUUUGGUCAAGUUAGACACGUUCCUGGCCAACCAUAAAAAGGCACUUAAUCUGACACAGGGUCAUCGUGAACAAAUUCUGGCGACAGCAGAAACAAGAGAACGACGGCAACGAAAAUUAGAACAUUUCUUCAGAGAAGCGUACGCCAUCACAUUUGGUUUAGCACCUGGUGAGAAAAGACGGAGGAAUGAAGAUGCUGAUCCAGAAUCUAUUGUUAUGAGGACGUCUCUAUCAAAAAGUGAAUUCGCAAGCGCGCUUGGAAUGAAGGCGGAUGCUGUGUUCGUAAAGAAAAUGUUCAACAUUGUCGACAAAGACGGGGAUGGUAGAAUCUCUUUCCAGGAAUUUUUGGACACGGUAGUUUUAUUUUCGCGCGGAGCAACAGAAGACAAGCUUCGCAUUAUCUUCGACAUGUGUGACGAUGAUCGUAAUGGCGUCAUCGAUAAAGGCGAGCUCAGUGAGAUGCUGCGCUCGCUCGUCGAGAUCGCCAGAACUACGUCGUUAAGAGACGAACAUGUCACUGAGCUUAUUGACGGCAUGUUUUCUGAUGCUGGUCUCCAACACAAAGAUCACCUAACAUACUCAGACUUCAAAGUAAUGAUGAAGGAAUACAAAGGCGAAUUUGUGGCCAUUGGCUUGGACUGCAAGGGAGCCAAACAAAACUUCCUCGAUACUUCGACAAACGUUGCAAGGAUGACCAGCUUUCAUAUUGAACCUCCUAUGGAGCAGUCAAGGCACUGUCUUCUACUAAAAUGGGACUACCUAACAACUUUCCUAGAAGAGAACAGACAGAACAUUUUCUACCUCUUCGUGUUCUACGUGGUGACCAUCGGACUGUUCGUGGAAAGAUUUGCGCACUACUCGUUCAUGUCGGAGCACUUGGACUUGCGGCACAUCAUGGGCGUCGGUAUUGCCAUCACCAGGGGCUCCGCUGCUUCUUUGUCUUUCUGCUACAGUCUGCUGCUGUUGACCAUGUCGAGGAAUCUGUUGACUAAAUUAAAAGAAUUCAGCAUCCAGCAAUACAUCCCUCUAGACUCAAGCAUCCAAUUCCACAAGAUAGUCGCUUGCACAGCACUAUUCUUCUCUCUGCUCCAUACAGCGGGUCAUAUGGUGAACUUCUACCAUGUGUCCACACAGCCCGUGGAGAAUCUACGCUGUCUUACUAAGGAAGUCCACUUCACGUCUGAUUUCAGACCUGGCAUCACGUAUUGGGUCUUCCAAACUGUUACAGGUGUGAGCGGCGUCCUACUAUUCGUGAUAAUGUGCAUAAUCUUCGUGUUCGCGCACCCGGUGAUCCGCAAGCGCGCGUACCCGUGGUUCUGGCGCGCGCACUCGCUGCACGUGCUGCUGUACGCGCUGUGCCUCGUGCACGGGCUCGCCAGGCUUACCGGGGCGCCACGCUUCUGGAUAUUCUUCUUGGGUCCUGCUGUCAUUUAUACGCUAGAUAAGGUGGUGUCAUUGAGGACGAAAUACCUGGCGCUGGAUGUAUUGGAGACUGAAAUGUUGCCAUCAGACGUAAUUAAAAUAAAGUUCUACAGGCCACCAAAUCUAAAGUAUUUAUCAGGUCAAUGGGUGCGCCUAUCGUGUACUGCAUUCAAGAAGGAAGAGUUCCACUCGUUCACGCUGACUUCAGCUCCUCACGAGAACUUCCUAUCGUGUCACAUCAAGGCUCAGGGUCCGUGGACGUGGAAACUGAGGAACUACUUCGACCCCUGCAAUUAUAAUACUGAAGAUCAUCCCAAAAUUAGGAUCCAGGGCCCCUUCGGAGGCGGCAAUCAAGACUGGUACAAGUUUGAAGUGGCUGUGAUGGUGGGCGGUGGUAUUGGUGUCACGCCAUACGCCUCCAUACUCAAUGACCUCGUGUUUGGCACAUCUACCAACCGAUACUCUGGAGUCGCCUGCAAAAAGGUAUACUUCCUAUGGAUAUGUCCGUCGCACAAGCACUUCGAGUGGUUCAUCGACGUGCUGCGCGACGUGGAGCGCAAGGACGUCACCAACGUGCUCGAGAUACACAUCUUCAUCACGCAGUUCUUCCACAAGUUCGAUCUCAGGACCACUAUGCUGUACAUCUGCGAGAAUCACUUCCAACGUCUAUCUCGGACAUCGAUGUUCACGGGUCUGAAGGCGGUGAACCACUUCGGCCGGCCCGACAUGUCCUCCUUCCUCAAGUUCGUGCAGAAGAAACACAGCUAUGUAUCUAAAAUCGGCGUGUUCUCCUGUGGUCCCCGUCCACUCACGAAGUCAGUGAUGUCAGCAUGCGAGCAGGUGAACAGAACGCGCCGCCUGCCGUACUUCAUACAUCACUUUGAGAACUUCGGAUAAAUAUACCACUUCAUAUAGUUUGUAGUUCGUGUCAUGAUAAAUGUACCAUAUCAUACAGUUUGUAGCUCGUGUGAAAAGGCUUUAGAGUAAGAGAGCCAUUGAGGAUAUGUAGGAUGGGACCGUCAAUUGCAUUGUUAGGAUGAGUAUUCAGUAUAUUGUAAAAAAAUAAUUUUAGUGAUUUUUUAUGGAAAACAAUUGUAUGUACCAAAAGACAAUAAUUUUUAGAGUUAUAUUACUUUUGUAGAUUAUUUUUACAGACCCAUUUACCGUAAAAAGUAAUUUGUUUUCAACUAAAUCGUUCAUUUACAGUAAAACAAUGCGAGUUUGGAAACAAUUGGAAACAGACCAAAAAAGUAAAAAAACCUGCUAAUUUAAAUAAAACCUGCUAAUUUAAAUAAGGUCGCUGCAACAAAGUCGUGGCGACUUCCAUUUAUAUAACAUUUGCUGUUCUGAAGAAGCAAUAAUUAAUUGCCUGUUUCAUCCUACAUUGUCUUAAAUACAAAAUUGCUUAAGAAUAUUUUAAUUAAAUUGAAAGCAUUCCUAUUGAUUUUAAAUGCACUUUAAUCAAACCAAUAGUAAUGCUCCUAAAAUUCCUGUAUCACUUAGAUUUAUUAUAACUUAUUUAUUUUUAGUUUUUUAUGCUUUUAUAAAUCAUUAUAACAGUGAUGUAGUACAAAAACAUCAAUCGCGCAUUUCAAUGUACAAAAGAUCAUUAAAUAGUUAUAACUUUAGAAUGUAUAAUACUCAUGCGAUCUAAAUUGUGUUAUUUAUACGACGGAGCUCCGAAGAGCUGUAUUGUAAAUAAUGUAUAAAUUGUAUUGGCUAUAGUAUAAUUGUAUUUUUACGUUGAAUUGAUUGUAAAUAAAUAUUUAAAUACAGA